UAUGCUUCAGUCACGUGGUGAAGACCGUUGCAUUUCAAAAUAAAACAUCGAAUGUGCUAUGUUUUUUUUUGUGUGAGCAUAGCAGGCGAUUUGACAGCAGUUCACCACCAUCAGUUGUUGCGGAAUAUGUUUUGUUUGUUUUGCAUUAUCAGUUCGAACAGUUCGUAAGCAAUAGGAUGCAAUUUAGGUUAUCCAAGCUAGUCAUCGCUAGUGCUUUCCGUCUGCAUUAUUGAUAGCAACCGAAAACCAUGAAACUGCUUCUGGUUGCAGUGGUGAUUCACGUACUGUUUUUGCUAUCCAUUUUCUACAUCCAUUUCCAAUCACCGAUUCUCAAAGGGCUACCGGAUGGAGCAGAACACGACCAACCACCGGCUGAUAGGUUGGUGCUAUUCGUUGGUGAUGGUCUGAGGGCCGAAUCGUUCCUCAAGUACAAUCUAACCCGUACCACCUUUCUGCGAAAUAUUCUUCUAAAUGAGGGUGUUUUUGGUAUAUCGAGUACACGGGUGCCAACCGAAUCGCGACCAGGCCAUGCCGCUUUAUUGGGUGGCGUUUACGAAGAUCCAAGUGCUGUAUUCCGUGGAUGGAAAGAGAACCCGGUCGAGUUCGAUUCGGUGCUAAAUCGUUCCAGCGUCAGCUACUGCUGGGGUAGUCCAGAUAUAGUGCAUAUGUUUUCCCGCGGAGCCAUACCGGGGCGGGUGCAAGUGGCGGCAUACGAUAGCAAUGAUGAGAGCUUCGCACAAUCGGCCAACACUUCCCUGCUCGACAUUUGGGUGUUUGAUCGGGUGCGAAAUUUUCUGUCCAGCGAACAAACGAAACGGACGAUUUUGUCACAGAAAAAAAUGAUCCUGUUUCUGCAUCUGCUCGGUUUGGAUACGGCGGGCCAUGUUCACAAGCCCCACUCGGAGCUAUUUACAGAAAACCUGAUUGCGGUGGAUAAAGGUAUUGAAACGAUCGUUGGACUGAUUGAACAAACCACAGAAAACGAUGGAAGAACAGCGUACAUUUUUACGUCCGAUCACGGUAUGACUGAUCAGGGAUCGCACGGUGCAGGUGAUCCGCAUGAGACGGAGACUCCCUUUCUGGCCUGGGGUGCCGGUUUCAAGCAUUGGAAAGAGACCAUCCCUGUACCAGACAAUGACCAUGUUUUACAGCUAGACAAGCAGAACAUACCGGUACAUCACAUAAACCAAGCCGAUGCCGCUCCACUCAUGUCGGCAGUACUAGGCAUAAGUGUGCCAAAAAAUAGUUUAGGAAAAUUGCCUCGUUCGUUGCUGAGCGUGUCCGACGAAUAUGCAGCCUGGGCAAUGCGUAGUAAUGCGGACCAAUUGCUCUCACAAUACUACCACUGGCAAAGGGAAUCCGAGGGCAAAAUGUUACAAUGGUUGAUGAGCACCAGGCAAACUGGCUUUAAGGUUUUGAUAGAAGCACUACAGACCGAGAUUGCCGAUGCAGCACAUCACAAACGUUACACGGAAGUUCAAUCGUUAUGCAAAAUGUUGAUCGAUACAACACUAAAUGCGAUUGAAUAUUUUCAAUCUUACUACAAACCGCAUCUAUUUGUGGCGCUUACACUAACCAUGCUGGGCUGGAUGUUCGUACUAGCGAAAGAAACUUGUUCCCCAGCUAAAAACCGUGUAUUUGCCCAUAGUCGAACUGUUGCCUUUACAGCUGUGAUAAUAGCGCUCGUUAUUGUGAUUUUUAACAUCGCACAAGCCACACCGAAGGUAGUUAUAUUGUACUUCGUAAUACCCAUCACACUUUGGGGCUACAUUGGCUCACACUGGCGACAGUAUGCUCCCCUGCUGCAAGGGAAAUCCGUGUUAUACUCAGCAGGAUUCAUCGUUGCAGCUGAGGCGUUGGUACUAGCAUUUUUAGAUCGUCGAAUAUUAGCACCGUUGCUGUGGGUUCACUGUUUGCUUGUGAUAAAACCACUACUAAGUGGAAAUGCAUUUAAUGCACCCAGCAGAUCGGUAGUGCUGCAAUGGAUAAGCUGCAAUCUACUGUUGUCCGGCUUUUUCUUACUUCCAACCAUAGGACGAGAUAAUUCGAACGUUUUUCUUCUGUGCCUUUCAAUAAUCGUUUGGACCGGAACCAAUACGGUGAUUGUGUAUGGAUCGAAACCUUCACACAUUUAUAAAGCCAUUGCAAUAUUGGUGCAAAUGUUACAAGCAAUAAACUUUGGCUAUCUGAUUUAUCUCAUCGAAGAAUCGGCCACCGUUCCACAGUGGAGUAGAUCGUUAUGUUGGAUUUUCUCAGCUUUUGAUUUGCUGUUACCAUUCUUUACGAGUACUUCCAUUCCGGAUCGAAUUCUGGGAUUAUUUAGUGGUUUAAGCGGCCCAUACAUGAUGCUUUCGCUCUCCUAUGAACCAUUGUUCUUGUUGUGUUUCUGUUACACACUUUACCUGUGGCUGUACGUGGAAAACAGUACACGCAACAAGAAGAUAAAGUUGGACGACUUCUACUUCAGUUCGUUACACCAUACGGAAGGAAACAUUAAUUUUGAGCACGUAAGGCGUACGUUUGGAUUCAUGCUGUUGCUACUGGCAUCCUUCUUUGGGACGGGCAAUUUGGCCACUGUCAGCUCCUUCGAUCCUAAUUGGGUUCGAUGUUUUGUGACCACCUUCUCACCGUUCACCAUGAUGGCACUGAUUGUACUUAAACUAUUAAUACCAGUUCUAUUGCUAGUAUGCGUUCUGAAAGCAAUGGGUAUUAUAUGCUCGGUACACAAGAUGAAAAUUUUCAGUCUCACACUGAUCGUGUGUGAUUGGAUGUGUUUGAACUUUUUCUUCCUGGUCCAAAACAAAGGUUCGUGGAUGGAUAUUGGUUCCUCCAUAUCACACUUCGUUAUUCUGGAAUGUACGACGAUCGUCGUAAUGAUGCUGUACGAAUUUGUUCGCCUCGUCACGGAAGUUUCGCUUACCUCAAAGAACGCACGAUCGCGGCAACCACCAUCGGAACAAUUGAUAUCCUCACACUAUCUGCCAUAUUCCAAUAAAGAGAGAAGCGAGUGAACGCAGUACCAUCUGCGAAGAAGUUACGA